AUGCCGAUUUACAACACCACAUUCGAGGACUACAGUCCUUUGAUCAAUUAUUCACCGGACUGGCGUGCCGGGUCAAGCAAUGGCGAUUCUGCAGCAAGCCUUUACUCCGAUGCCAGUUUUACACUCACCCAGAAGGAUGGCGGCACAGCUUCGUUCACAUUUAAUGGCACUGCGGUCACGAUCUUUGGCUCGCAACGAGCGAACCAUGGCUUUUACCAAGUCACGAUUGACGGAAACACUUUCCCACCGAUAUCUGGGAAGGCCGCAGAUCCUGGUCACUUCCAAGUCCCACUCUUCGAAAGUCCAGUGUUAAGCCAAGGACAACACUCUGUGACUUUCACGAAUCAAGGAUCAACUUUCGUCGAUAUCGACUUUGUAACUGUGCAGAAUACUGUGGGUCAAUCAGAGGAGCCGCUGAUUGUGAACACGGUGCAAGACAGCGACCCGGCGUUUGUAUGGCAACCUGCGAAUGUGUGGGGCACAAACGUCCCCUUCGUCGGGACGUAUUCUGGCAGCUCGGGACACGGCACAGCAACUCCAGGUGAUGCUGUCUACCUAUACGGACCUGUCGGUCCUACCUCCGCUCCAUUUUCUGUCUCGUUGGAUGGCGGUGCACCGGAGAACUACUCGGCAGUUAAACAGUCGUACAAAUCUCAAGUACUACUCUAUUCGGCGACUAAUCUUGGUCGUGGGCAGCAUCAAAUAAAGGUAACAUACGAGCCUUCCCAGCCCGGCCAAAUUCUCGCCAUUGAUUACGCCAAUGUUUACACAACGAGCUCACUGGGCGGAACCUCCAAUCUGAACAGUGAUAGCAGUGGUAGCAGUUCACUGAGAAGUGGAAUAUCUGGCGGUGGCAUUGCUGCUAUCAUUAUCGCGGUAUUAUUUGUUCUCUUCGUAGUGGCGGCACUUCUCUUUUUGUUGCAACGACGAAGAAAGCGAAAAAGUCAAGCGAUGCCCACUCCCAUUCCUCAACCUCCGAUGAGCAUGAGCCGCGCAAAUGCGGACAUCGUAGCUCCAUCUUAUGUUUAUAAUCCGCCUCCACAGCCACAGCGACGGCCUGCUCCAUCAACUAGGUAUCCUUCCACAAUCGUCAACUACUACGCCAACGAGCCCAACCGUGAUUAUGUCGUCGAGACACGGUCACAAGCUGGCUCAGAACCAGAUUCGCCAACAUCCCAUGGUCACAACGGCCUUGCAGGCCCUAGUAACAGCAAUAUGCCAAACAAGGGCCAACCCUCAGCAUUGGGGGUCGCUAGUCGACCGCAAGACUUCGGGUCUUCUGCUCCGCCUGCAUAUGGAAUGGUUUCACGCGUUUCCCCAGACAAGUCCAACCGCGGUCCUCUUCAAACCAAUAUAAAGGCGUAUGGCGAUCUCUGUGUCGAAUGUGGCGAGAGGAAGGGUUCCGAGGCUUCAUGCGGGGGGAAUGGGAUCAACUGCGUGAGGAUAGUUCCGUACAGUGCGGUGCAAUUCACCGCAUAUGAAAGCCUCAAGAAAUGGUUCGCGUCUUUUGGCAAUAAAGAACUCGACACACCCCGAAGAUUAGCUGCUGGGGCGCUAGCUGGCAUCUGCUCUGUCUGUUCGACCUACCCUUUGGACCUUGUCAGAGCCCGUCUCUCGAUCGCAACUGCAUCAAUACCGAUAUCGAUUUCAUCCAAACCUGCUUCAUCAAGUACUGCCAAGAUUGGACUCUCUGCCGCCUACCACACAUCAUCCUAUGCAGCAUCAGAAUUGACUAUUAUUGGAAUGACACGCAAGAUCGUUCGGGAGGAAGGUGGCGUCCGGGGGCUCUACAGAGGUCUGGUAACGACAGCAUUUGGCGUAGCGCCAUAUGUGGGCAUCAAUUUCGCGGCCUAUGAGUUUUUGCGCGGCGUCAUCACGCCACCAGGCAAAACCUCAGUCCCAAGAAAGCUCGCAUGUGGUGCUUUGGCAGGAUCCAUCUCUCAGACCUUGACAUACCCAUUCGACGUUUUGCGGCGGAAAAUGCAAGUCACUGGCAUGAAGUCGUCUGGAUUGGGCAUACAAUAUACUGGAGCGCUUGAUGCUCUUCAAGGAAUCGUCCGGUCCGAAGGUUUUAUCGGGCUGUACCGCGGGUUGUGGCCAAAUCUGCUCAAGGUUGCGCCAAGCAUCGCAACGUCGUUUUUCACGUCAAGGAAUGGUUGCUGGGACAAUAAUGUAGAGAGAGGAAUGUUAACGACAAAUCCGGGAUCGCUGUUUUGUGCUGCAUCAUUGAUGCGAAACGGCGGUUUGCUUGUUGCUGCCAGCAAUAUGGCGGGGCGGCCGAUUCAGGGAGGACCCCUGCCCUCCACUCCAACCUCUUCUAUAUCGUCCUGGUCAUCGUCAGAGAGUAAUUCCACACGGCCCGACACGCCAGACCAACACGCUUCCACCACCUUGCCGGCUGCUCUCAUGGGCCAAAACGAGAGCAAGCAGGCUCUCCCAACAUCCCCCUCUUCCCAGAAGAGCUUUUAUGUGGCUGCCUCCACUGGCUCAAAACUAAAGCGCGCGUUUGCCCGCAGGAAGAAGUCGGAGGACCCAGCCGUGGUGUUGACUGAACCUCAGCAGCCGAAACGACAACUUCCCUUCGUCAAAAAACCCACCGCCCCACCACUUCCUCCCAAACCGACAAUCCUCCAGGUCGCGAAACCAAUCCCAUUGCCGCCUAUACCGUUGCCGCCAAUUCCACCAGAACCUACUAUCACUCCAGCCAACAGAGGCUCAAUCAUUCCAGUUACACCUGGCGUGUCGCCUGCGGUUAACUGGCUGAUUUCUCAGGAGAGGGCGAAGAAUGCGAUUCCUGAGGUUGAGCCGGAAAGCGAUUCUAAGGAGGCCUGGCGGCGAAGUGAUGCCACCAUUACAAGGGCACCAACUGUAACCCGUUCUUCGCGGCCAGUUUCGACCGCCGAGUCAACACACACGGUCACUCCAGUGAACAAGCGACUUAGUGCGGUUAUAAAUGAUGAGGAUUAUUUAGCUGAGGAGGAUGAUGAGGAGUACAAGGAUUCUAGGUCAUCGCCUUCCGCCUCUAUCCGAAACAAGCCGCGGUCUAUGUCUCUUAAUAUCGGUCCAACUGAGCCCUUUCAACCCACCAUGGCUUCUCCCAAACUGUCGUCAGAAUCGGUGCCCCCCUUGACGCCCUCGAUGGUUCGUGAAACGCCGACGCUCACCCGAGCUGCGGCAAAUGGUAUCAUCUCCCCCUCAAGCUCGGGUCUCCAGUCCACAGGUAACAACAUUCGUGGUCGACUCGCUGCAUGGACAGCGACCACCAACUCAACACCGACCAUCAACUCACACACGGAGAUCCAAGCACAAUCUCGGAAGCCAGCCGUCAGUUUGACUGCCAGCCUUGCCCCUGCCGCCGGUUUAGCCAAACGGGCCGUUGAAAAAAUGGGUCGAUGGGGGUUUGGCUCAAACAACAACAACUCAGGGUACUCGUCGUCCUCCAGCACUCCUCCAUCGUCAUUUGGUCAUGAACAUGGUCUAGUUCGUACCAAUUCGAACCAAUCUGGAGGAGGUAAGGCACACAGGAGAACACCCAACUCGGUGUCCAGUGCCUGGAGUGUCAACUCCUCCAACAUGUCUUCCUCUGUCUCUGACCUCAAUGCUUUCGCACCACCUCCCGAAGCUUAUCUCGGCAAGUGCAUUCGCGGCCCGCUCAAAAAGUCCAAUACGGGUGCGGGUGUUGGUGGCGUCGUAUUUGGGGCCUCAUUGCAGGUUGCUGUUGCUGAGACCGCUGUGAGCGGUUACACAUGUGUUGAGGUCGAAGAUAUUUCCUUGCCCCUCUCCGCUCGUCUAGAGCAGAGACUCCUCCCCGCUCUGGUCGUCCGUUGUGCCCAGCACAUACUCAUUUGGGGAGUGCAAGAAGAAGGCCUAUUUCGGGUACCUGGCCGACCAUCUCAUACCUCGAAACUGCGCGCCGAAUUCGACACUGGUGCCGACUAUGAUAUUCGGGAGUGUUCUCUGGGUGACCUUGAUCCUCAUGCAGUAGGGUCCGUAUUCAAGGCGUAUCUUCGCGAGCUGCCAGAACCAAUUCUGACACAAGCACUGACGCCGUACUUUGAUGCUGCACUUGCGCAAGAACAGAACACUGAGCAAGAGCAAGCUCCGCGUCCAAGAGCGGCCCCUACUGGGCCCACAUUGCCCUCUGGUCCUCGCGCUGGACACAUGAUGCGAAAGCCACCAUCGCUAUCCACACUUGCCCCACCCAAUCUCAAUACUCUUCGUGCGCCAUCUCCGACUCUAGUUCAGGCUGUGCGAAACUUGGUCAAACAACUUCCUCGCGAAAACCGAGACCUUUUGCGGACGGUGAUAGACCUUAUCCGUGCCACAGCCGAGCAUAACAAGGAGACCAAGAUGCCCCUCAGCAAUCUCUUGUUGAUUUUCUGCCCUAGCUUGAACAUGAGCCCACCGAUGCUACGUGUUUUGUGCGAGGCAGAAGCUGUUUGGGGAGAAGAACCAGUCGUCGAUAUCAAACGAGAGAGUCUUGGCGUUUUGGAUAUAAAACCAGAGGGCAAGGAAGAGCCCGAGUCGCCCGUGUCCCCGACACGACUGCGGUCACCUGGGGCCCGCAGCAAACGCGCGAAUCCUGUCGCUGUCUAUGUUGAUGACGAUAACGCGGAAGAUUCGCCGCUGACACAGAUGCAAGCAGCCUCUGAUGUCUCGUCUGUCUCAACAUCCGAAGACAUUUCGAUUAUUCCCAGAUUUGAUGCGUCUUCUCCCAUGCUCUCGUCUUCGUCAGAAUCUUUGGCUACUCCAUCCAGCAGUCCCUCUAUUGCUCACAUCCCGCUCGAGAAGGAAGCGGAGGAACAAGUUCAAUUCCCUACUAGCAACAACUCGUCAGACGUGCCCAUUCCUUCACCACCUACCUUAUCACUUCCUAGUUUAUCGUCGUCGCCCAAAAGCGACUCUAACUCUGCUGGAUCGACGCCGCCGUCGCCCUUUCGUCGUCUAAAAAAGACAUCUCUGCAUCUCUUGUUUUCGAAACGCUCUGCUUCGCCAUUGACCCCUUCUCCUACUGGUGGAUUCCCCAACAUCUCUGGUCCCUAUUUGCAAGCUCCACGGGCGGCAUCUGAGUCAUCAUUGUCCACCCCCAUUUCUGCGGUCACCGCCCCGUCAGGCAGUCCUCUGGGUAUGCCGCCAGUGUUGGAUACCCCCAUCGACUCGUCUUCGCUGCGGGCUGGUCUGGGUAUAACCGUGGACAGCCCUGAACCAGACGAGUCAGAAGAAAGCGAAGAGGAGGAUAUACCUCUUCCGGUUGUUGGGCAAACGCCCAUUGCCGACAUGUACCGCACUCCUGCCAGCUCUUCGUUGGCAGUUAACCACUUGCGCCCGCAUCCGACACGGAAACAGUCCAAGGCCUCGGUUGCGUCGUCGAAUGGGUCGAAUCCGUUAGGGAUUGUAGAGGACGAGGAGGACUGGACGCAGAGCGUGUUGGUGGCGGCAGAUGUUGACUGGCGGAUGCAGGGACCUUGA